AUGAAUGAUAAAUUAUCUUAUGAGUUAAAUGAAAAAGUAUUAUGUUAUCAUGGUCCUUUGAUUUAUGAAGCAAAAAUUCUUGAUCGAAAUUGGAUGGAUAAAGAUCCAGAAUUGACAGGUCCUUAUUAUUUUGUACAUUAUAAAGGCUGGAAAAGAAGUUGGGAUGAAUGGGUACCCGAAACAAGAAUAUUACGUUGGUCUGAAGAGAAUCUUAAGAUGCAAUCAAGACUAAAAUCGUUUUAUCUUUCUAAAAAAGAUGGCAAAAAGAUGUCUACAUUAAAUGAGGAAGAUAAUGAUUCAUUAGAUGGCAGUAAAAAGGCAAAACUGGAUGAGGAAGAGGAGAGUUAUUUAAAUAAACCAGAAUUAAGGCUUGAUAUACCCGAUACACUCAAAGGCCAACUGGUUGAUGAUUGGGAAAAUGUGACAAAGAAUCAACAAUUAGUUACACUACCCAGAACGAUUACAGUAAAUGAUGUUUUAGCAAGAUAUAAAAGAUUUAAAAGAGAUAAAAAAGGAAAUAAUCAAUUACAUCAAUAUGCUAAUAUUAGAAAAGAUUACCCUGAUAAAGAGUUAGUUGAUAUUUAUGGCGCCGAACAUUUCUUGAGAUUAUUUGUUCAAAUACCUGGUUUAAUUGCACACACAGACAUGGAUCCUGAUACAGCUGAAGUCCUAAUGAGUUAUUUAACAGACAUUUUAAGAUUUAUGCAGAAACAACAAAAGCAAUUAUUUCAAGCAGAAUAUGAGAAUGCUGCACCAGGUUAUGUAGCUUUGUCCAAUGUUGAUUAA